AUGGAUGCUACAAUAGCUGAAUUAAAAGAUUUUCAAAAUAUACAACAUGAACAACAACAUGAACAAUCAUCAAAUAUUUAUGAUAAUUUUCAAUUAACAACAAAACAAAAAGCUACAUUCGAUGGAAAAAUUUAUAUAUAUAUAUAUAUACGUCAUGCUCCUGAACAUUUACAUACACAUCCAUGGCAAAUGAUAUCUUAUGAAUUAACAGAUCUAUCAAAUAUAUUUAGAACUUGUUAUCGUACAUCAAUUGAAGAACAAAUGAAAUCUACUCAAAGAUCAAUUGGUUAUGAACGUGCAAUACAUAAUUGUUCAACUAAAGUUAAUUGUUUAUUACCAUGUUGUUCAUAA